UGUGUCAGAAAACACCCCAGUUCACCCUCGUGCUUCAAGGACUUGCACUUACUUACAAUGACUGAUUCAAAACUCUUUGAUAAAAAGCUGACAGAGGGUGAUGGUGGCAGUGUAAAAAAGAGCAAAAAGAAGCAAAAGAAGGGAGAUGCCUGGAGACCAGAGGGGCCCAGAGACCCAUUUGCCAUGCUGGACUCUCUUCCUGAAAAGGAGCAGCAGGAGAUCCAGAGAGCCCUCCACCUCUUCUCCUUGGGCCCAAGUCUGCCCAAGACCCUGCAGCAGGCCAAGAGACAUACCUACCGCUUCUGGGACACACAGCCUGUCCCCAGACUGGGUGACAAUAUGACAACUCAUGGCCCUAUAGCAGAUGGUGAAGUCAGUGUCCGUAAGGAGCCCUACUCUCUACCUCAGGGUUUUUCCUGGGAUACUCUGGACCUGAGCAGCCCUGUGGUGCUGAAAGAGCUGUGCACUCUGCUAAAUGAGAAUUACAUGGAAGAGGAUGACAACACCAUCAGAUUUAACUUCUCUCCGGAGUAUCUGCAGUGGGCUUUACAGCCUCCUAACUGGCUGGCCCAGUGGCACUGUGGUGUGCGAGUAGAUACCAAUAAGAAAUUAGUCGGCUUCAUUGCUGCUGUUCCUGCAGAUGUCCGCGCAUAUGAGACGCAGAAGCGGAUGGUACAGGUCAAAUUCCUGUGUGUUCAUAAGAAGCUUCGCCUCAAGCGCAUGACUCCGGUUCUGAUCAGGGAGGUCACCAGACGGGUCAACCAGCAGGGCCUCCACCAGGCUGUCUACACAGCUGGCGUGGUGCUACCCACUCCUUUAAGCUCCUGCAGAUACUGGCAUCGCCCUCUGAAUCCCCGUAGGCUGAUGGAGGUCAAUUACCCAGGUCUGAGACAAAAUAUGAACCUGCAGAGAGCUCUGAAGUUCCACCGGCUGCCUGAGGUGACAAAGACAAAAGGUUUGCGCCUUAUGACAAAAGAGGAUGUUGUGGGGACACACUCGCUGCUCCAGACAAACGGCAGCAAGUUUCACCUCAGCCCCAUCCUGUCUCUGCAGGAAGUAGCGCACUGGCUGUUGCCACAGGAGAACGUGAUUGACACCUAUGUGGUGGAGGGUGACGAUGGGUCACUGACGGAUGUGGUGAGUUUCUAUGGCGUCUCCUUCAAGGUGCUGAAUCACCCAGUACACACUGGCCUGAGAGCAGCUCAUCUCCUUUACAUUGCUUCUACUACCACAGACCUGACUGACCUCAUGGAGGAUGCAGUGGUCCUUGCUAAAUCUAAAGGUUUUGACAUCUUCUCCGCUCUGGAUGUGAUGGAUAACAAGACUUUCCUGGAGAAGCUGAAGUUCAGCAUCAGUGACAAGAACCUUCAUUACUACCUGUACAACUGGAGGUGUCCUAAUAUGAGCCCAGACAAGGUGGGCUUAGUGUUACCCAGCUAACCUGCCACUGAGAGAUGAAGAGAGUGGCAGCGAGUGAUUGGCAGGACACUGGACUUUAAACUGCAUCAACAGCUUGAAUAAGUGUUUAAGAUAUAAAUUGACAAACUGCAAAGCGCACGCUCACAAAUCUGUAAAAGAAAUAAAGGUAAAAUUCCAUUUGCAGAUA